GGUCUAACGGUACGAUGUGGAGCAUAACUGGGCUCUCUAGUCAGGCUACUGUGCGGGAAGCAGCGUCCUCUGAAGUACAGCAGCUCCUGAACUGACGUUCCAACGUGUCUUCAUAAGAGAAUAAGUUGGACGAGUUGGUUACCUUGUUUGGUGUGACAACUAUGUAUGAAUCUGGCUGGUGUUCUCUCAGAGAUUUGGAAGAGCUGACUGACAAAAGCUACAGAAGAUAACAGAAACCAGCAGAGCUUGUGUGUUCAUUUCUUGAAGACCAGUCAGUUUUGGAUGCCACCACCAUGUCAGCAGAGAUAGAACCAGUUCCUCCACAGGUUGUGAAUCCUCCGCCUCCUGAGGUAACUGACCCCAACAAGCCGGGCCGAAGGACCAACCAGCUGCAGUUCAUGCAGAAUGUAGUGAUCAGAUCCCUGUGGCGGCACCAGUUUGCCUGGCCUUUCUACCAGCCUGUCGAUGCAGUCGCUCUUGGACUACCUGAUUAUCAUACGAUAAUAACGUCUCCCAUGGACAUGGGAACCAUCAAGAAGCGACUGGAGAACAACUACUACUGGAGUGCAAGUGAAUGUAUGCAAGAUUUCAACACCAUGUUCACCAACUGCUACAUAUAUAACAAGCCUACAGAUGACAUAGUACUGAUGGCCCUCGCCUUGGAAAAGAUCUUCUUGCAGAAAGUUUCCCAGAUGCCUCAAAGGGAAGUGGAGGUUUUACCUCAUGCAGCCAAAGUGAGGGGCAAAAAAAGUAGCACUCCAGGUGGGCCGGAUGGAGCUGUGACAACAGAAACAGCCACAAAAGUGAGUCCCCAUUUGUUUUCUCUGUCCCCCAAUCAUCAUAAUUUAAAACCUGAGAGCAUGAGAAUUUUACCUUAUUGUGGUGUUUUUUUUUUUGUUCCACUGAAGAAGAAAGCGCUGAAAAGGAAGGAGGAGGCAACCACUGAUUUGUUGCCAGGAGUCGUCAUAAACAAUUUGAGUGAUUUAUCAGAAAGCAAGAGGAGACGUGAAAGCUCAGGCCUAGCUGUCAAUCCUUCUAAGAGUGGCUUUGAAGAAAAGGAGUUGUCACAACAUGAAACUGAACAGGGCAGACAGAGCGAGCAGCUCAAGUACUGCAGCGAAAUCCUGAAGGAAAUGCUCUCGAAAAAGCACACAGUCUACGCCUGGCCUUUCUACAAGCCUGUCGACGCUGAAGCUCUGCAACUUCACGAUUACCAUGACAUCAUUAAAUAUCCCAUGGACCUCAGCACUGUUAAAAAAAAGAUGGAUGGAGGAGAGUACCGGGAUGCACAAGGUUUCGCUGCAGAUGUUAGGUUAAUUUUCUCUAACUGCUACAAAUACAACCCUCUGCAUCAUGAUGUCGUAACAAAGGCCAGAAAACUUCAGGGCGUGUUUGAGAAGAGGUUUGCAAAGAUGCCAGACGAGCCUGUGGAGUUGAUUUCACCAGUGAGCGCCACGUCCACUAAGAGUGCCACUUUCAGUGGGAUAAGUGGCAACAGUUCAUCCAGUAGGGACAAAUCAGACUCAGCAGAGGAGCGUGUCACCCGCCUUGCUGAGUUGCAAGAACAGGUGGGUGCAGAACAGCUCAAAGCUGUUCAUGAACAGCUUGCUGCACUCUCUGAAUCCCCUGUGAUUAAACCAAAGAAGAAAAAUGAAAAGAACAAGAAAAAGGACAACAGUAAAGGCAGUACAUAUUCCAAAAGUGAUUCACAUUUCAGGCAGUCAUGGAAGGAAAACAAAGACUGGGAAUCAGAUGAUGAAUCUCUGCCGAUGACGUAUGACGAAAAGCAGCAGCUGAGCCUGGACAUUAAUCGCUUACCUGGCAUGAAGCUGGGUCGCGUGGUGCACAUCAUUCAGACACGAGAACCCUCAAUGUGCGACACCAACCCAGACGAGAUCGAGAUUGACUUUGAGGUUCUGAAGCCGUCCACUCUGCGGGCGCUGCAGCAAUAUGUCAAGUCUUGUCUGUAUCAGAAGUUUAAGAAGUUUCAAAAGAGAAGCAGUCAGGCUGCGUCCCAAAACAUCAGCAGCAGCAGUUCUUCAGAUUCUGCCACGAGCAACUCCAGUGACUGCAGUUCAGACAACAGUGACUCCUAAUAACUGUAUUGUUUUUAUUUAUUUCUUUUGUGACCAAAAAAGAGUUCUUAAAAAAUGUUAAACAUGUUUAUUUUUGUAUUUGUUAAAUGUUCACUGUGUUGGACAUCAAACUUCCCGCACAAGGUUAUUGUAUUCAGUGUGGCUUCUCUCACUUUUCUUUAUAAAUCGCAAUAUCCGUCACUGGUGUGUUUUUAUCAGACACUAUAGAUCCACAACACAGACGGAUGCCAUACUGCUGGAGUUGAGGUGUAUUUCAUAAAAUCUGAGUUUCAACCAAUAUCCUGUUUCUGUCAUUCAUGUUCUCCAUACUAUUUAAAUAAAGGCCUUUUUUCAAAUGC